AUGUUGAUUUUCAAUCUAUCUAUCUAUCUAUCUAUCUAUCUAUCUAUCUAUCUAUCUAUCUAUCUAUCUUAUCUAUUUCCUAUUUCUCUCUCUCUCUCUCUCUCAUCUAUCUAUCUAUCUAUCUGUCUUUCUUAUCUAUUACCUAUCUAUCUCAGUUUAUUUCCUUUCUCUUUCUAUCUGUCUAUCUCAUUCUAUAUCCUCUCUAUCAAUCGAUCUAAGUCUGUUUCCUAUCUAUCUAUCUAUCUAUCUAUCUAUCUAUCUAUCUAUCUAUCUAUCUAUCUAUCUAUCUCAGUUUGUUUAUAUUCUCUAUUUCUUUCUCUCGCUGUCUCUAUCUAUCUCAGUCUAUUUCCUCUCUCUAUCUUAGUCUAUUUUAUACACCCUAUCUAUCUAUCUAUCUAUCUAUCUAUCUAUCUAUCUAUCUAUCUAUCUAUCUAUCUAUCUAUCUAUCUUCUUACUAUCUCUCUUAUUUAUCCCCUUCUCUCACCCUAUCUAUCUAUCUAUCUAUCUAUCAUCUAUCUAUCUAUCUAUCUAUCUAUCUAUCUAUCUAUCUAUCUAUCUAUACUUAGUUUAAUUCCUUUCUCUCACUAUUCUUUCUCUCUCUCCUUAUUGCAGUCUAUUUCCCUCUCUUUCUCUCUGUGUGUCUAUCAGUGUAUUCCCCUCUGUCUCCCCUCUCUAUCUCUGUUCCUACAAACCUUACUAUCUAUCUUUUUCUCUGAUUAUAUUACUGUAAUUUUAAAACAUGUAAUUAUCUAUCUAUCUAUCUAUCUAUCUAUCUAUCUAUCUAUCUAUCUGUCUGUCUGUCUGUCAAAACCUACUCACUUUCUAUCUUUGUUGAUCACUUUCUUUUUUGUUUGUUUUCCUUUCUUUCUUUCUUUCUUUCUUUCUUUCUUUCUUUCUUUCUUUUUUCUUUCUUUCUAA